AUGCCCCGUGCUGGUCCACGAUCAAAAGUUAAAGAAAGUGUCAUUGUUCAGCGACGAGGCGGUAGUUUGGGUGAAAGUAGUACAACUGAGGAUGAUACACAUGCCGAUCAGACCACUUCCGAUGGCAAUGCUACACAAACUCCCCGUCGUAGUCCACGAGGACGACAAAAUGCAUCAAUACCUGUUAAACCCAGUGAGGGUUUCCGUACACCCGAAAGUGAUGUAAAUGCUACAGAUUAUGGUCUAGAAUUUACCACCAGUCAUAUACAAAAUCCAUCGCCAAGACGUUGUUCAACUCUGCGGACGGGUAGUUCGCAAGAGGAAUCGGCUACAAGACCAAAAGCUGAGGUGGAGAAUAAAGAGAAUGCAGGAGAUGGUGGUGGUGGCGGUGAUGCAGAUGAUGCAACUCCCAAAACAACGUUAACCUCCAAGGCAAAACCAAAAUCAACCAAAGCUAAAGGAAAACCCUUGGCCGAAAAUCGAAAUGUUCAAAAUGCCUCCAGUAGUAAUGCAUCUAUCUCACAAAGGGACGAGGCUAGUAGACGGGAUCAAGAUGAGUCAAGAGAUCAUCAGGAUGAAACGGAAAGUAGAAGAGAAGAAGCCAGUUUACAGAAAAAACCCACUAAAAAAUCUGUCGCACGAAAACCAGCUGCUAAAGGCAAAAAAGAAAAACCACCACCAACCAAACAGAAUGCUCCUCAAUCCCCUACGUCCGCUGCCCAAGAAAAACAAGCACAAGCAUCACCCCCAGCACCCCCUGUUCCCGUUAAGAAAAAACGUAAACAAAAAAAUCCUAUACAACGGGAUAUGAUGUUCUUACGUGAUGUGCAAAAAUUACAAAAUCGUACCGAUUAUUUAAUACCACGUCUACCAUUUGCCCGAUUAAUACGUGAAAUUAUGCUCGAUUCAUCUAGGUAUGUCGAACGAAUUACACCGCCGGCAUUGGAAGCCUUACAGGCGGCAUCGGAAAUGUAUGUAACCCAACGAUUGCAGGAUGCCUAUAUGUUGACACUGCAUAGGGGUCGUGUGACACUGGAUGUACGCGAUAUGGAAUUGAUUAAUUUUUUGAAAAUGCAUAUUUGAAAAAAAGGAAAC